AUGGAUUUCCUAGAAGAAGAUGAGCUAGAUUUAGAUCUGCCGACCAUCACAGAGAUCAACAGAGACCUUUUCAUCGAUCAAACGCAUCAAGAGAAGGAAUUCGACGUGGACGAAUUCCUCAUAAACAACAACUUCCAAUACGUGCCACUAGAUUCUCUAAUACACGAUCUAAGCGGAUUAUCAAAGGAACUAGAGCACGCUCUACCUGAAAAGAUCGCUGGAAAGUAUGAUGAUUACCUAAAGUUCUGUAAACCGUAUACCGAUGAAGAUAGUCAAAGCAUACUGGAGAUACAGAGAACCAAGACAGAUUUGAACAAGUUUACUACUCAAUUGAAUCAAUUGACACACAAAGACCUUUUAAGAACUCAAUCUACGAUCGACGAAACCGUUGCAUACUUGCGUAAACUCGAUUCCAUGAUUCAACAGCUACAAAACCACUCCCAGCUACCCCAAUUGAUCCAAUUGGCCAAAGAGAUGAGUACAUGUCUACAUGCCAUGUGCGGUACAGAUCCACUAGAUCCUCUGUUGAUUACAGAAUUAACCAUCCAACUACAUAAUCUGAUGAGAAGAAUUCGUCAACUAUUUGACACAUUAUCCGAUCUGAACUCGCCUUUUCUCAAGCAUCAACGUAAUGGAUAUCAGGGAUUACUGCAAGAAUUCCAGAUAUCACUAAAGCUGCUAACAGCUAGAUGCCUAGAGGAUCCAAAUGGUAAUCAAAAAUUGUCUAAAGUACUGGUUUCCAUACUAAAUUCAUCUCGAUGA